GAUUACCAUGGGUGUAAAGUAAGUGACCCGUACUGCUGGCUUGAAGAUCCUGAUAGCGAACAGACGAAGGCAUUCGUGGAGGCUCAGAACAAGCUUACGGUACCCUUUCUCGAGCAGUGUCCUGUCAGGGGACUGUUCAAAGAACGAAUGACUGAACUCUACGAUUAUCCUAAGUACAGCUGCCACUUCAAGAAAGGAAAAAGAUAUUUUCACUUCUACAAUACAGGACUGCAGAACCAGCGAGUUUUAUAUGUACAAGACUCCUUGGAUGCUGAUGCCAAAGUUUUCCUUGAUCCUAAUAAGCUUUCUGAUGAUGGCACUGUGGCUUUACGAGGUUAUGCAUUCAGUGAAGACGGUGAAUACUUUGCCUAUGGCCUGAGUUCUAGUGGCUCUGAUUGGGUUACUAUCAAGUUUAUGAAAGUAGAAGGUCCUGAGGAUCUUCCAGAUACACUGGAGAGAGUUAAAUUCAGUUGCAUGGCAUGGACCCAUGAUGGAAAAGGCAUGUUCUAUAACUGCUAUCCAAAACAAGAUGGGAAAAGUGAUGGCACUGAGACCUCCACUAAUCUGCACCAAAAGCUGCAUUAUCAUGUAUUAGGAACUAACCAGUCAGAAGAUAUCCUAUGUGCUGAAUUUCCUGAUGAACCAAAAUGGAUGGGUGGAGCUGAGGUAUCGGACGAUGGUCGAUAUGUCUUGCUGUCUAUCCGAGAAGGGUGUGAUCCAGUGAACAGACUGUGGUACUGUGACCUACAGGCAGAGUCUCAGGGUAUAUCAGGAAUUCUUCAAUGGGUGAAGCUGAUAGAUAACUUUGAGGCCGAGUACGAGUAUGUCACCAAUGAAGGAACAGUGUUCACUUUCAAGACAAACCGCCAUUCUCCAAAUUACCGGUUAAUCAACAUUGACUUCAGUGACCCAGAGGAAUCCAAAUGGAAAGUUCUUGUCCCUGAACAUGAAAGAGAUGUUCUAGAAUGGGUUGCUUGUGUGAGGUCCAACUUCUUGGUUUUGUGCUAUCUGCAUGACGUGAAGAAUAUUCUGCAACUUCAUGACCUAGCUACUGGUGCACAUCUCAAGACUUUCCCCCUAGAUGUUGGCAGUAUUGUGGGAUAUAGUGGCCAAAAGAAGGACACCGAAAUAUUCUAUCAGUUUACUUCCUUUUUAUCUCCAGGUAUUAUAUAUCACUGUGAUCUGACCAAAGAGGAACUGGAGCCAAGAGUUUUCCGGGAGGUGACUGUGAAAGGAUUUGAUCCUUCAGUUUACCAGACAAUUCAGGUUUUCUACCCUAGCAAAGAUGGUACUAAGAUCCCGAUGUUUAUUAUUCACAAGAAAGGAAUUAAAUUGGAUGGUUCUCAUCCCGCCUUCUUGUAUGGAUAUGGAGGCUUCAACAUAUCGAUUACACCAAGCUACAGUGUGUCAAGACUUAUCUUUGUGCGACACCUGGGAGGUGUUCUAGCAGUGGCGAACAUUAGGGGCGGUGGUGAAUAUGGAGAGACCUGGCACAAAGGUGGUAUCUUGGCCAACAAACAAAAUUGCUUUGAUGACUUCCAGUGUGCUGCCAAAUACCUCAUCAAGGAAGGCUACACAUCCCCGAAGAAGCUGACUAUUAAUGGAGGCUCAAAUGGGGGCCUCUUAGUUGCUGCCUGUGCUAACCAGCGCCCCGACCUAUUUGGUUGUGCUAUUGCCCAAGUGGGAGUGAUGGACAUGCUCAAGUUCCACAAGUACACCAUUGGCCAUGCUUGGACCACUGACUACGGUUGCUCCGACUGCAAAGAGCAGUUUGAAUGGCUGUGCAAGUACUCUCCACUUCACAAUAUCAAACUACCAGAAGAAGAUGGCAUCCAGUAUCCCUCUACGCUGCUUCUCACAGCAGACCAUGAUGAUCGUGUGGUCCCUCUACAUUCACUGAAGUUUAUUGCAACUCUGCAAUAUGUUGUGGGCCGAAGCCGGAAACAAACCAAUCCGCUUCUCAUCCAUGUUGACACCAAGGCUGGGCAUGGAGCAGGAAAGCCGACUGCUAAAGUUAUAGAAGAAGUGUCAGAUAUGUUUGCUUUUAUAGCACGAUGCCUAAAUCUUGAUUGGAUUGAAUAGGCAACAUGCUUAUUGCGGUCUCCUUUAGAAAACAAGGGCUUUAACACCAUUUAAGACCAACCAGACUACUACUUGGUGUGGUACUUACAUUUAAGAACUGCAGUUUAAUAUUUUAUUGAUCCAGCCUGCUAUGGAGUUUUGAUCUUCUGUGCUUCCCCCUUUUUGGCAUUUCUUUGAAUUUCUUUUCUACUGCGUUCCAAAGUACAUUUUGAAAAGCAUGUUAAAAUAAAUAGCAGAGCUACUGUCGGUGCUGUUGUGAACAUUUAGAUUCCAGGCUUAGUGCUAGUUGAGCUUAUUUCCUGUAAACAAUUUUAAUGUAUUUUGCACCUGUAAACAUAGCCAGAUCAUCUGUAAUUAAAUGUAAGUACUGUCCACAUACGAGAACUCUGAGCAUACUUUAUUUACACAGUAACUUACUUAAGAAUGUAAAUUGAAGGUGUUCAGUGAUAACCAUGAGGUACUGAAGAGACAGUAAUCUGGGUAAUUAAGUCAAAUAUUAUUAAAAAGCUUAUAUUACAUGCUGUUCAUAAGUGUGUUACAGUCUAUAAUAAUGAUGUUGCUAAAUUGUUCUUUGUUUCCAAAGAGACUUCAAAAUGUCACCAGUUUGCUCUUCUGUCAUCUAUUUCCACACAGAAGAGAAAAUUGGAGGCCAGGAAAAAAGAAUUCUUAGAUUCUCCCUGUAAUCUCAGUCAAGCUAUACAGAUACUCUUCAACAACCCAUCUGCUGUUAGCCCUCUAUUUCUGAAGAAUAGACCAGACACUGGUUUAAAAAAACAAAACAAACAAAC